GAAAUAGUCGUCCAAACAACGACACACAUUCCGCAGCCAACUUGCUCUGGGAUGUCGACCGCGGGCUUGUCGUCAUUGCCGACAACGCGCUCAAGGACUUUACUCUUUAUCUCGUACCGUGAUUCAAGAGCACCGUCAACACGUUUCUCUCGCUCGCAGUCAUCCUAUGAUGAACCAUACCGUGCUGAAGAUGAAAACGAAACACUCAUAAAUGCCAACUCCGGACACCUCGCACUCGACGUUGAGUUGCCUCCCAAAUGGGUAGAUCUUUCUGAACAAGUCGAGGAGAUCUUAGGCGGGACACAAGCCAAAAUUGUCACUUUGGAGAAGCUCCAUGCAAAGCAUGUUCUCCCCGGCUUUGCGGACCGGACAGCAGAGGAACGAGAAAUCGAAGCGGCGACCACCGAAAUCACCAAAGAUUUUCGACGAUGCCAUACUUUGAUUCAACGUAUCAGUGCUGAACAGGGUCAUUCAUUUCCCCCUUCUACUCAGAAAACUCAGUUUCAGGUCCUCGCGGCCAAAAAUGUGCAACGAGGCCUAGCCGCGAGGGUCCAAGAACUCAGCUCAACGUUCCGUAAGAAACAGCGUAUCUAUAUGGAACGACUACAAGGGCACGCGAUAAAGAAUCAAGAUCUCCUGAUCGCAUCAGGGACUAUUACUUCAAGAGGAUCCGAGGGUUUAACUGCUGUCGAUGAAGACAUAGAAGCUGCACAAGCACAGAUUCUAGAUAACAUACAAGAUCAUGGUCUCCGUGCCCGUGACCGGGAGUUAACGGAAAUUGCGAACUCGAUAGCUUCUCUAGCUGAAUUAUUCAAGGAUUUGUCUGUCCUUGUGAUAGAUCAGGGGACACUUCUUGACAGUAUCGAGUAUAACAUUGAACAGACUUCAGUAGAAAUGGCGGAAGCUGUGAAAGAGUUAAACCACGCAACGCGAUACCAGAAGAAUACGGGUCGUCGGAAAAUUAUUUUCCUUCUCCUACUAAUUAUUUUUGGGUUAAUCGUUGUCCUAAUUUUCAAACCUCGUCGGUCAUCUUUAGGUGCUCCACCUGCUCAAGAUUCGACGGCCUCCACGGAUCAUUUUGUCUCACGUUACUUUCAUGCACGGACACCCCGCAGCCUUUACGUACCGAAAUAAUACUUGAUUGAGGGUCUGGUUACCCUGACUUGUGUGGACAAUCUGCAUCAUCAAUUCAGCGAAGCAUCGAAAGGUUGCGGGUGCAUUCUCCUAUUCAAUGCCGUCAAAGGUCAGCUCAUAUUAAAACUUGCCCCUUUC